CGCAAUCACCGAUCGGGAACCCGAGCGUCGAGAACUUAUAUGUCCUGGCGUCGACGUCGACUAGCAUUCGCUGAAAGGUCCAACGUUCAGGCCCUCUAGUGUGCUCGCACAAGCAGCUAUGCCUCCUAUUCGGUCAUUUUCACCCAUUCGCACGAGGUUCGCGAAGAAGGACCCAGCAGUCAGAUGGAGGAAGGCUCUGGGAGGCUCGACAAGAGAAAUACCCUGCAGCUGCAGAGCUGUGCAAAUGUCAGCUGCUGGCUCAGCGCUCAACAGAGGGGUUGUUUUGAAAAGCUGAAGAUAGCCCUCAACCCGCUCCUAGACGCAAACCGAUCGCG